UGGAGGCUGCACGUGGGCUGAAAUUGGAAACUUUCAGGACCCGCCAUGGAUACGCCGCUUAGGCGCAGCCGGAGGCUGGAAGGCCUAAACCCUGAAUCCCCCGAGACCCCCAGCUCAGUUUUGCGGGCGAGACGGGCCCUUGUGGAGUUCAAGUCGGACCCGGAAGAGACCAGGGAGCCCGAGUCUCCGAGUGCUCAGCGACCCGGCCUGGGGUCCCCCCGACGUCAGCAGGAGACAAGCCCGGGGUCACCUAUUCUACCGCAGGGUGCAGGUCUGGGGGCCCCCGGAAGGGAGCCGGAGCCGGGCCCACCGUCCCUCCAGCGCCAGCAGAACCCAGGCCUGGAGUCACUCCAGACACUUCCGGAGUCGGGUCCAGAACUCCCCGGAUUUCAGCCAAAGCCAAGUGGGGAGUCCACAGAGUUCUCCCAGACCCAGGAAAAGCCGGACUCGGAGUUGUCACUGAGUAAGAAGGAGCUGGCCUCGGGGUCUCCCCGACAUCAGCUGCGCCCAGGAUCCCCUGAGCCUUACCUGGCUGAGCAAGCGCCCGGUCCGGAGCCCUCGCGGCCACUCCAGGAGCCGACAGCCCAGUCACCCGCCUCCCCCCGGGGUCAGCGCAAGCCGAAUAAGCCACCUCCGGCCUGGAAGACGGUGCGAAGCAGCCUCGGGGCGCAGAAGAGGACAAGCUCUUCAGCCCAGACCCCAGCGUCCAAGAAGUUGAAGGAGGGGGAGGAGGUUCCUGUAAUCCCUAUGGGAAAGCCCAAAUCGGGGCGGGUGUGGAAGGACCGCUCCAAGAAAAGGUUCUCCCAAAUGGUGCAGGACAAGCCCCUGCGCACAUCCUGGCAGCGGAAGAUGAAGGAUCGACAGGAGAGGAAGCUGGCCAAGGACUUCGCCCGGCACCUAGAGGAGGAGAAGGAGAAACGACGGCAGGAGAAGAAACAGCGCCGGGCCGAGAACCUGAAACGCCGCCUGGAGAAUGAGCGGAGGGCAGAGGUCGUCCAAGUGAUCCGAAACCCUGCCAAGCUCAAGCGGGCAAAGAAGAAGCAGCUUCGCUCCAUUCAGAAGCGGGACACGCUGGCCCUGCUGCAGAAGCAGCCACCCCAGGGGCCAGCGGCCAAGAUCUGAGUGCGCGGCGGCCCAGAGGCCUGCGGCCAGCUGUUGUGUCGGACUCACACUUGUCAGGCCACGGCCCUCCA